GCUUCCUGCCGUGGUGGGCAAAAGGUUGCCGUGGUGGUCCCGUCAUCCCUAAGGACGAGAGUAUGGGCAAACCACUGAGCCGGCCAGACUGUUUACGGCAGAACCGCACUUGCCUGGGGAAGGGCGAGGAUGAGGAUGGUUAUAUAGAGGAUUGCUACGUGCCCCAGAGAUCCAUAUACGACACGAUGAGAAUUAACGAGCAGAUCGAUCAGGGAUCGAAGCUCAACCAGCUCUCCAAGAGCACCCUCGGCAAGGGGGAUGGCAGCACCAUAUCCAGCAACGGGACUCUGGGAGCUGCCAACGUCUUCGAGUCCAGGCCGCCGGAACCCAAAAAGCUGGAUGAGCGGGUCAUCUUCGACCAGCUGAAGCUCAGCAGCGACGUCUCCAAGCCGGCGCCGGCUCCGCCAAAGAGGCGACCGAACCCCGAGAAGAAGGAGAACGUCAACCGGCGCUCGUGGAAGUCCUUCAUGCCGCCCAACUUCACCGAGUUUGCGGAAAGGAUGGGCGCUUCGCUGAGCGAGGUGUCGGAGGUGGGCGCUUCCAACCCUUCCCUGCGGGAUAAGCGGGAUUCCAGUGCCAUGCUGGCCGAGCAGCCGGGCCAGCCCGACCCCGGCGAGCCCAUGUCGGAGUCUCUCACCUUGGAGCACGUCUCCAAGUCAUCUGGCACGGCAGAGGCUCUGGUGGCCAAGCAGUUCAGCGUGGAUGGCUACGGCGGUCCCCGGGAUGAGCGCCAGGCCCUGCUGAACGCCGGUGACAGCCGCGCCAGGGACCUGGCCAGGGCCCGCCGGCUCCCCAGUGCCACCUGGCCACGAGCCAGGAAGAAUUUCAUCAGGGGAAACUUCAACGAUGGGCACCAGGAGACCCUGGAGGCCUCCGAGUCGGACUCUACGGUGGAGAACGUCAACCUCUCUCCGUGCCUUAGUGAAGAGCUGCUGGAUACAGGACUGGAUAUUCUCAUCACCUCCAAUCUCAGGGAGAAAACGGAGUCUGAGCUGAGAUUUGAGGAGGACGAGCGCUGGGUGAUGAUGGAGGAGUGGGAGGAGGCGACGCUGUCAGAGAGAGGAAAGGCUGUUCUGGUGGCAGAGGAGAAGAGGAGCUGUUGCUUGGCAGAUAUUUCUGAAGAAAGGGAACAAUCCACUGCUCCAGAGGAUGGCUCUGCCCCCAGCCCGGGGACCUCCCGGUCCUGCACGUCCCCAGGGGGUGGUGGCAGCGGGUGCUGCAGGGAGGAUGCUGCGGUGCAAUGUGGGGUUGAGGACUUUGCUCCAGUUCUGGAGCGCUCAACCACCCCCACGGGCCCCGAGCUGUCCGACACGGACUCGGUGCAGAUGUUCCUGGAGCUGGAGGAGCAGUGCCUGAACGAGGACGGGGGUGAUGGAGCUGUCCCCAGCUGCCUGGAAGUUCAGAUGUCCCCAAUGGACUCGGAGGGGCUGGAUCCAGAUUCGGCCAAACUGGCCGAGUUGGUGGUUGAAGGGGGUCAGCACAGGGCCCCCCUGGAUAUCAGCGCCUCGGACUCGGCCGUUGUGUCGGAUCUGGAGGACUUUGAUGUCACCUGCAGCUCACAGGUGCUGAGCAUGCUGGAGCCCUUGACGGAGCCCUUCUCAGAAAGGGACACCUUGGCUGUCACCCCAACGGACUCGGACGGAGGGGCCUCCCCCAGCCCCGUGGCCAUGGCAGGGUCGGGGUCUCUCCUGGAGUGCUCCCCGGCGCUGCAGGGGGAGGUUGAUCCUGACCCACUUGUGGAGUUUGUGGCUGGUGGGAUGCCAUGUCCUGGCACAGGGGCACAUCCAGCUGCUGGACUGGGGGGAGAUGGGUACCCCAGCGCUCCAGUGGGGUGGGGUGAAGAUAACCAGGACUUGCUUCUCGAGGGGACCUGUCCUGGCCCAGUGCCCCCCUGCCAGCCCCCAGCUCCAGACACAGCGAUGGAGGAGCUGGGGUCGCCCACGUGGCACAGCCAGGCUGGUGCUGAGGGCAGGGAUCCAUUCAGGACCCAUCACCUUCUGCCUGAAAGGACUGAGGUUGCCAACUGGGAUGUCCCAGAACCGGUUUCUGAGGAUGAAGCCACAGAUUUGGGAUCAGGGAGUGGAGCUGAGGGCUGGACUCAUCCCGCAGAGAGUGGGGAUGCUUGCUGUGGUUCUCUGCUUCCUUUCUAUGCUGGCUCUGCAUCAGAGCCAGGCUCCAAGGCUCUGACAACAUUCCCGGUGCCUGUUGAGGACCUCCCGUGGGAAAUGGUUUCCCUGGGCCGUGGCCUGUCUCUGGAAGGGGCUGCCCACACAGAGGGGUGUCCCGUGGCUGUCACACACGGGGGGACACCAGCAGCCAUCCUGCAGCCGGGAGAUGUGGACUUGUUGUUUGCCCCCAGCUGGGAGGUCCCGUGUCCUGCCAGCCCAGCCGCCCCCGAAGAGCUUCCCGGCACAUUGACCAUUGCAGGGCCUGCCAUCCCAUGGGAUUUUGGGGAGCUUUCUGCUCCAACCCACCCACUCUCACCAGGAGAUGCGGCUGUCCUGGAGCUCCAGGCUCAGGGGAUGCCACCAGCCACCGGGGAUCCUACCAUGGAUGCUGAGGAACCUCUGGGAUCCACCACUGCCAUGCCCUUGAUGGUGGAGGAGCUUCUGGAAGCCCCACCACCCUUUGCUGACGUGCCUGUUGCCACUGUGCCACCGCCAGCACCCGCUGCCGGGGACCUCGGUGGUGACCCCGGGCCGUUGGUGGUGGCCUCGGGGGAUACAGCCGACUUUGCCGUCGCGCUUGUGCCGCCCAUCCUGGAGCACCUGCCCGCCCAAGGGGCAGCUUUGGAGGACGACCCCGUGGCCAGCGCACCCACAGCGGGGGUGGCAGCUUGGGAGGGUCCCCCCGGUGCCUUCUCACCCCUCCCACAGGAGGGUCCCCCCACCCCAGAGCUUCUGGGGACGCCCUUUGCCGCAGCACCCAGGGCACAAACCCUCCCCAGGGCUGUGUUGAGGGGCCCCCUCCGUCCCCGCAGCUUUGGGGGUGCCCUUUCCCCGCGCCCCAGCGAGGGAGAGGGGGCAUCGGGCACGGGGGGACCCCUCGGUGCCCCUCUCCUGGCAGAAGGGCCCCCUGCUCUCCCAGAUGGAUUCGUUCCAGAUAACGAGGUAUUUGUUGCUGGGGCUCCCGCAGCCGGGGCUUCGGGCGCAGAAAUCGCUUUAUUUUGCACUCCAGGGGUGGGUGGGAGGUGGGAGCCCACUCAGUAA